AUGAAGGCCAACGUAGACAACCUAAAGCCGCUCCAGGUCGGCAUGGCCGUCUGCGACCACCAAGGCCAGCAGGUAGCCUGGGAGUUCAACCUCCGCGACUUCUGCCGCCUCGCCGACCCGCACGACGACAAGGGCGUCGACGCCUACGUGCUCGGCUUGCUGCUCAUGGGCUCCGGCCUCAUCGGCGCCGGACACGGGCGGCCGCUGUCGUGGAUCACCCACGCCGGUGCCUACCACGUGGCGUACCUCCUCAAGAUUGUCAUGGGCGGCGCCCCGCUGCCGAACGACGUGGCCGGGUUCCUCGGCGCCAUGCGGCACUACCUCGGCCAGCAGGUCUUCGACGUUGCCACCAUGGCGGCCGGCUGCCCGGGCAUGCCGGUGGGGCUGGACCUCAUCGCCGCUAACCUGCGCAUCCAUCCGCCGUGGGGUAGCCCUCGCCUCGCAGGCGCCGCCGGCGUGCGCGCGCUUCUGGCCUUCAGUAUUUUGAAGCAAGGGUAG